CUCUUCGGCGUUUUCUCUAUUAAUGUCUUCCUCUCCUCGUUUUAUUUCACCUUUUCACCAUUUGUUUAAAUUUUUUUUUUUGAACGUAUCCGAAUUCGCGCUCUCGAGAACGCUGACUGAUCCUCGGGGAAAAUUCUUCCCCGUCGAUUCGUCGGAUAGUGGAUCCGUUGAUCUCUUCGAUUCUAUCUGUGGAUCCUCUUUCCGACGAGCUCCGUCUUGACCAAAUCCGUGCUCUCUCAUUCGGGUUCUGGAUGACGCAGGGAGUGGAGGGCUGGAGAGGGGAUCGGGCAUGGAAGCUGCGGGGAUGAAUUCUGAUGAUGCUGUUGCUCUAGCGGCGGCGGCGGCGGGGACGGCGGCGGCGCCUCCGAAGAAGGAUCGGCGUAUCGUCAGCUGGACUCCAGAGGAGGAUGAUCUGCUCCGGGAGCAAGUCGCUCUUCAUGGAAUUGUGAACUGGACGAAGAUCGCAUCUCAAUUCAGGGAUAAGAGCGGGAGACAGUGCCGAAGAAGAUGGAAUUCGUACUUGAAUUCAGACUGUAAGAAAGGUGGAUGGUCGCCAGAAGAGGACAAGCUCUUGUGUGAGGCUCAGAAGGUUUAUGGGAACAGAUGGACUGAGAUUGCGAAGGUAGUCUCGGGCAGAACAGAUAAUGCAGUCAAGAACCGUUUCUCUACCCUCUGCAAGAAAAGAGCAACGAAUGAGGCUUUAUUCAAGGAAAAUAGUGGUUCAUUCUUGAACUCAAAUAAGAGGGUCAUAAUUCAAAAUGGAUGCAUCACAGUUCAGACAAGGGAAUUAUCAAUACCCACCAAGCAGAUGAGGUACAAUAUUUCGGAUCUUAAAGAAAGUAACAUAAGUGAACAAUAUACUGGGAACCAUGAAAUGAAAAAGGAUCAGUUAAGGUCUCCUCUGGCAGUGCUUGCUCCAAACUGUGACAUUGCUGGUGGAUUGCUGACUCAAAAUCAUGUUGGAAAUGACUCAAGGACAGCAGUAUAUGAUGAAAAUAAGACUACAUGUACCUUUUUUAGAAAGGAUGAUCCAAAAGUAACUGCCUUGCUUCAACAAGCGGAGCUGCUUAGUUCCCUUGCACAUAAAGUUAAUGCAGAAAACACCAAGGAGAGCCUUGAUGAUGCCUGGAAGGGAAUCCAAGACUACCUUGCCCAAACAGAAGAGACUGAAAUACUGAGUAGGAAAAUUUCCGGAACAGAAUUUGUACUGGAUGACUUCACAGACCUCAUAGAGGAUCUAAAGGGCACCAAUACAACAGGUCUGCAAUCUUUGAGGCAAUCCGAGUUGCAUCAAAACAGUGAAGGAACCUCAGAGUACAGCACUGGAUUGGCUGAGCACUUCGAAACUCAAAGAAAUGAAAUGGAUCAUCAGACUGACAAUUGUUCAUUUAACAACAACACGGAGGUUAAUGGUCCACACAAAGAUAUGCAGCUUCCAAGUAUAACCACUCAUCAAGAGGAAGUCUUGCCUCCUAUAAAAAUGCCAAAGGAGAAUGAUGAAAGUAGUUGCAAUGUUUCUAAUUCUCAGUUUGCCUCACCUCUUCCAACAACCCCACCUUUCCGAUCAUUAGCAGAUGAGAUUACAACCCCAGAAUUUACGGCAAGUGAGAAGCGUUUCUUGCUGGAUUUAAUUGGUCUGCCAUCACCAGCCCCCAGCCCCAAAUCCUCUCAACAACCAACCUGCAAAAAGGCUCUUCUUGAUAGCCUCUGACCAAAUAGUGCAAAUUCUGGAAGGUCUUUUUACAUCUCUCUAAACAUUUUCUUAUUUAGAAGCUCUAAAACAUCAUCCAUGUCCCAAUAUUGUGAUAUUCUAUUUGAGGUUCUUCUUGCUGCUUUUUUUGCUGAGCCAUGGACCUUCCCCUGUUUUCCAUCAAAAGUUGUUCUUAGGUCUGUAUGGAAUGUGUAUUGCCCGGUGCUUUGCCUUCUAUUAUAUUAGUCUUGUUUGUCUGCAUACCCGUUUGGCAUUGAGCUUAGCAUUUGCACUCUCCCAUUCCUUAUCGUUCCUAUGGGAUUGUUGUGCUCCAGCCCACCUCAAACAGUUUGGUUUGUCAUUUCUUGUACAUAAACUACAUUAUAGAGUUAUCAUGUUGUCAUUAUACAAGCUUGAUUCAUUAAAAGUGGAUGAAGGACCAGCCAGUUGAAGUGGAUGCCUCUUUGGUUUGGUCUACUGUGUAAGAUAUGGAAUAAGGAAGCUUUCUUGGCUGUCAUGUCUGUAACCAUUCCUUGUGUCUGUUUGACUGGAGAUUGGGACCUGUAAUUGGUUUUUUAUUCUGUAUUAUAUAAUUCUCUUUGGUAGUUGUCUCGAGUUUUUCAGUUUCUGAGUCAUCUGUAAUAUUGUAAUUAGAAUGAGAAUAUAUGAUUGGUUUGAAUGUUAGAAAUUAUUGUUCUUUAAAA